GAGGAGGGGAGAGGAGGUUGUGCAGGACAAGUCCCUGAGGACAGAAGAUGCCAGGCUGGGGAUGACAGGGCUGGGAGUGUCCUGGUCUUGGGGGGAAGUGUACAUGGCUGGGUGGCUCCAAGGAACAAGCUGGUUUGGGGAUGGCGAUUAAUGAACAAGAUGUCUCUGUUCAACCUGUCAUGGCUGGGACUCUGGCCUGGGGCAGCCUCCCCAUGGCUGCUCCUGCUGCUGGCCAUGGCCUCCUGGCUCCUGGCCCGCUUCCUGGCCUGGAGCUACACCUUCAAUGACAUCUGCCUCCGCCUCAGAUGUUUCCCGCAGCCCCCAGUGAGGAACUGGUUCUUGGGGCACCUGGGCCUGAUCCAGAGCUCGGAGGAGGGUCUCCAGUACACACAGGACCUGGCCAGCACCUUCGGGGAUGUGUGCUGCUGGUGGGUGGGGCCGUUGUAUCCGGUUGUCCGCAUCUUCCACCCCACCUUCAUCAAGCCUGUCCUCUUGGCCCCAGCUGCCAUCGCACCCAAGGACGUGGUCUUCUACGGUUUCCUGAAGCCCUGGUUGGGGGAAGGGCUCCUGCUGAGUAGUGGUGACAAGUGGAGCCGCCACCGCCGCAUGCUGACACCCGCCUUCCACUUCAACAUCCUGAAACCCUAUGUGAAGAUCUUCAAUGAGAGCGUGAACAUCAUGCAUGCCAAGUGGAAGUGUCUGGUCUCUGGUGGCAGCACCCGUCUGGACAUGUUUGAGCACAUCAGCCUCAUGACCCUGGACAGUCUGCAGAAAUGUGUCUUCAGCUUUGACACCCACUGCCAGGAGAAACCCAGUGAAUAUAUUGCUGCCAUCUUGGAGCUCAGUGCCCUUGUGGCGAAACGGCACCAGCAGAUCUUCUUGCACUUCGACUUCCUGUAUCAUCUCACUACCGAUGGGCGCCGCUUCCGCAAGGCCUGCCGCCUGGUACACGACUUCACAGAUGCUGCCAUCCAGGAGCGGCGCCGCACCCUCUCAGAACAGGGUGUCGAUGACUUCCUCGAGGCCAAGGCCAAGGCCAAGACUUUGGACUUCAUCGAUGUGCUCCUGUUGAGCAAGGAUGAAGAUGGGAAGGAGUUGUCAGAUGAGGACAUCCGAGCAGAAGCCGACACCUUCAUGUUUGAGGGCCAUGAUACCGCUGCCAGCAGCAUCUCCUGGGUCCUGUACAACCUUGCCAAGCACCCAGAAUACCAGGAGCGCUGCCGGGAGGAGGUGCAAGCCCUCCUGGAGGACCGCAAGCCAGAUGAGAUUGAAUGGGACGACCUGGCCCACUUGCCCUUCUUGACCAUGUGCAUCAAGGAGAGUCUGCGGAUGUAUCCUCCAGUCACCAUCAUCUCGCGCUGCUGUACCCAGGACAUAGUAUUUCCAGAUGGACGGGUCAUCCCCAAAGGUGUCAUCUGCCUCAUCAGCAUCUUUGGGACCCAUCACAACCCCUCUGUGUGGCCAAACCCUGAGGUCUAUGACCCCUUCCGCUUCAACUCAGAAAACACUCAGAAGAGGUCACCUUUGGCUUUUAUUCCCUUCUCUGCUGGUCCCAGGAACUGCAUUGGCCAGACCUUUGCCAUGACCGAGAUGAAGGUGGUUCUUGCUCUCACGCUGCUGCGCUUCCGUGUCCUGCCAGACCGCACAGAACCUCGGAGGAAGCCUGAACUGGUCCUGCGAGCUGAGGGAGGGCUGUGGCUGCAGGUGGAGGCUCUGAACUCGGGCCCACAGUAACUCCCUGACCCUUAGACACCCCAACUCACCCACCUACCUUCGCUGACUCCCAGGAAUAAAACUCUUCUGUCGCUUCUGCCUGAGCCUCCCAGGGAGUCAGCAGGGGUGCUUGGGGAACGCGGAAAACUGGGGGUGAGAGUGGCUGAGCCGAGGCGAGGCCAAUUUCUGUGAGCCCAAUACCUCCAGGUUGCCCACAGUUUUUUCCAGAGUCGAAUCAUGGAAUUAACCUGUGAGCAAUAGGGAGCCAUGGGAGGUGUUAAAGCAGGAGAGAGACCAGGGUUGAGGACGGAUUUAAGGGAUAAGAUUGAGGUCCUGAGUUAGGGACGGGACCCCAUAGUGGCAGAUCCUGUCCUCUGGGCUGCCAUAGUUGCCCAAGACAAGGCCUCUGGUCAGCCCAGCACACAAGUGGAGGAGGUCCCCGCUGCUCACACCCAGGCUGCCUGUCCAGGACUCUUAGUUCCCUCCCUGCUGUUGCCAAGGACCACCCCUUCCCAUUCCUGCCCAUCCCAGUCAGUCUCAGGUGAUCCUCUUCCCCUGCCUUCAGGAGCCUGUUCCUCCUCUGGCCGCCUGGUGUCCAGGCAGCCUGGCCAAUAGAUUCAGGCUGAGCCCUUUGUGUGACCAGUGAUCUCACAGGAGAGUCAGCAGGAGGUCCAUCCCAUCCCUCACCUCCAGGUUCCUCUUUCUUUCCCAUUAUACACCAGCAGGAUCGGCCCGGACUCAUCUUGGGGUAACAGGGACAAAGUAUCUUGAUAUCCAAAGCCAGACCAUUGGAAACAAAAAAUAACCCCAAGAGCAUAUGUUGUGGAGCCAGACUGCUUGGAUUCAAGUCUCAGCUCUGCUGUGUGAUUUUGAGCAAGUGAAUUUUCCUCUUUGUGCCUCAGUUUUCUCACCUGUUUAAUAGGGAUAAUAGCAGUACGUACCUCAGGUUGUCCUGAGGACUGAAUGUGAAGGACUCUAAGCUGUGCUUGGCGUAGUUGCUGCUGAAUAAACCUGGCUUUUUUACCCUCUCAGAAAGCCUGGGCCUUGCAAAUCAGAGCAUGUUGCCUUUUCUUACUACUGUCUCUGCUGUGAAUUUAAAAGUGUGAUUGGAAUUCAAGGGGAAGAAUUUGAACUUGGUGCUCCUUGAAUCAGCUCUUCCCCUUGGAGAGCAAUAGGAGCAUUUGUUUCUGAGAUGGUGGGGCACCUGGAGGUGCAAGGUGUGGGGACAUCAAAGAAACCUCAUUUAAUGUCCCAGAAUAAGAUCCUGCUACAAAAGUUGAUCUCUUUUUAUAGCUUGAGGGAUUCUGCUUUACUGAGCCCCUGCAAACCCCUCCAGCCUCCUCUCCAGCUGGUCUCCCCUCCCUCACUGCACUCCACCACCUUUGCCUCAAUUCUGAUCUCCAACUGUCAGCUGAUGUUAAGUCCACCCAAUUCAUGGUGACCCUGUGCACAAUGGAACAAAAUGCUGCCACUCCUGUGCCAUCCUAGCCAUCGGCUGUGAAUUGGACCAUUGUGAUCCAUAGGGUUUUCAUUGGCUGGUUUUCAGAAGUAGAUCACCAGGUCUUUCUUCCUAGUCCAUCUUAUUCUGGAAGAGUUGCUGAAACCUGUUCAGCAUCUUAGCAACACACAAGCCUCCACGUCAGACAGGUGGUGGCUAUGCAUGAAGUGUGUUUUAGUCUUCUAGUGCUGCUGUAACAGAAAUACCACAGUGGCUGGCUUUAACAAACAGAAGUUUAUCCUCUCACGAUCUAGCGGACUAGAGGUCCAAAUUUAGGGCAUCAGCUCCAUGCGAAGGCUUUCUCUGUUGGCUCUGGAGGAAGGUUCUUUUCAUCAAUCUUCUCCUGGACUAGGAGCUUCUCCGCACAGGAACCCUGGGUCCGAAGGGCCUGCUUUGCUCCCAGUGUUGCUUUCUUAGUGGUAUGAGGUCCCCCUGUCUCUUUGCUGGAUUCUCUAUCCCAAAAGAGAUUGUCUCAAGACACAAUCCAAUCUUGUAGUUUGAGUCCUGCCUCAUUGACACAACUGCCGCCUAUCCCACCUCAUUAAUGUCAUAGAGGUAGGAUUUAUUACACAUAUGAAAAUCACAUCAGAUGACAAAAUGGUGGACAAUUGCACAAUACUGGGAAUCAUGGCCUAGCCAAAUUGAUGUACAUGUUUUUGGGGGACCCAGUUCAAUCCACGAAAAGGUGCAUUGGCUGGGAAUCAAACCCAGGUUUCCUGGAUGGAAGGUGAAAAUUCUACAACUGAACCACCAUUGCACUUAUAUAAAACAAGCAAGCAAAAAAAUCCGUUGUCAUCUAGUAAACUCUGGCUCAUGAUGAUCUCCUAUUAGGAGAACAUACAUUAUACCCAGUCUUUGCUCUCCCCAGGGCCUUUGCACAUUCUAUUUCCUGUGCUUGGAAUGCUUUUCUCCCAGAUCUUUCGUGCCUGCGUUUCAUCACUCAGGUCUCAGUUGAAAUGUCACCUCAAGAGAUUCUUCCUUAACUAUCUAUGUACUGCCCCAAUCCCAGUUAAUUUCUAUCUUAUUACUCUACUUAUUUUCCUUAUAUAGGUCUUAUUAUUUGAAGCCAUCUUAUUUAUUUGUUAAUUAUGUGGAAUAUUUACUAAAUUGAACAUACCCAUGAUUACACUGAAUCCACAAGUGCCUAUGAUGCUAAGAUGGUCCAGAUCCUAGAACUGGGUAAAUGGCCCAGGGGAUACUUCAACCUCAAUUCAAAGAUUCAAAACAAGAUAGAAAUUGCACAAACCUCUAGGAUAGAGUCUGCAAUUCAGUGUUACACAAAACCACAUAUUAAUAGCUGUCUGGGGAAAAAAAAAUGGAGCCAUGGUUUUAAAAGUUUGGAAUCCGGGAGUGAAGCACCAAAACAACCAAAGAAACAAAAUCCAUUGCCAUC